GUUUUUCUUUUGGAGUAGAAAGUGUUUGCGUUCGUACGUGUGUACUAAACUAUAGCAGAAAUUAUUUUUGGAUACUGGCCAGAAACUAGCUCUUCCCCUGGUAGUUAACUCUCGUGAAUCAUUCCAUGUGACAGUACAUCCUCGCCGGCAUUCCCCGCACGCGGUUUAAGCGCUGUGGCGUUAGAACUGCGUCAUGUUCGCGCGCGAGUUUCGUAUCUUGUUCCUUAACUGUGAUUAAAGUUCAUUUCAAUGGCAGUUAAUCGGAAACUCGAGAUAAAAGUUUGAUUCUGUAACUUGUUGAGUGAUCUCAGCAAAUCAGAGUCAUUAGUUUCCGCAAUGUAGGCUGGCCUACCGACAGCGAUGAAUUCAAUGCGCUGCGUCAAGAGGUUUGAGAGCGAUAACAGGAUGCGAUUGCAGAUGCUCAUUCUUGCUUUUUUCGUGCUAGUAGAGGGAUACCUGCAGAAGCGAAGUUUGUGCAAGAUGCCAAGAAAUGAUGAUUUCGCGUGCCCGCCUGCCACUGCUAUAAAGCCAUGUAAGUGUACUCGCGUGCCCAUUAUUCCUACUAUACAGUGCGAUGGUGCAAGCAAUUUAAAGACCAUCCAUAGUGCACUGAAAGAAUGGUUCCAAUGUUUUCCCAUCCCGUACCUUAAACUACGGAAUGCUCAUUUUACUAGGCUACCUUCAAGAGCCUUCAGUAGCAUUAAAGUGAAUCGUCUUGAAUUGAAGGACAGCAAUUUUAGAUACAUUUCUUCUGCAGCAUUCCAAGGAAUGGAUUCGUUAACAGUUCUACGUUUGCACAAUGUCAAUUUGUUGACAUUUCCUUCGGAAUCAUUAAAUCACUUGCCAUCCCUCAUGACCCUCAGCAUUAAAACUAACAAUUUGCGCAGAAUUCUUUAUUCCGACUUAUCCGGCGUCCAACAGCUGAAACAUCUUUGUUUGUCGGAUAACAACCUACGUCAUAUCGGACGAGGAUCCUUUCCGGUGAGUCUUGUCACACUAUUUUUGUCUAAAAAUUCUCUGAUCACUCUGAACCAAUCUGUUCGGAAUUUAUUCUCUUUGGAAUGGCUAUUCUUAGACCAUAACUUCUUGCUUAGCAUCAAAGGAGAACUAAAAGAACUUUUUAAACUUAAGCAUCUGAACUUAGCUAACAAUAGGAUAUCUGACUUGGGAAGCUCUUUGCAUAAUCUACACAAUUUGGAAGUCCUUGAUCUUCAACACAAUGAUAUACACGAACUAGGAACAUCUCUGUGGAAUUUGAGACAACUCAAGGAACUAAAUCUUCGCUGCAAUCACGUUUUGCAACUAAAUGACGACAGUUUCACACAUCUAACGAGCUUGACUAAUUUAGAUCUAUCAAAUAACAAGUUACUGUUUCUAAACGAAGGUUUGCGCCCACUGUUUAGUUUGAAAGCUGUAGAUUUAUCUCGAAACAAAAUAUUAGAUUUUUCGUUUCAUGAAAUAAGUUCGCUUUCAAAUUUAACUGUUAUAAAUUUGAACGAUAAUGGUUUAAAGUAUUUAAACUCAAGCUCAUCACUAUUAACAUUGCCAUCGACAACUCUUUUCCUUGCUAAAAAUCGCCUGAGUAGAUUUAAUGGAUUUUUGAAACAUUUUCCACGUUUGGAAGAACUUGAUAUCAGCAGUAACAGAUUUCAUGUUUUGACCAUUUCACAAAUAACUAUCGCACCCAGGAUUUAUUAUAUUAAUGUUAAAGGUAACCCUUUAAUAUGCGACGCUGAACAGAUGGACAUGUACCUUGAAUUGCAGAAUCUGGAUAUCGAAGUGGACGGACGACCAAUAUGUAAUACAGAACCGUACCGCAUGUGAGCUGGAUAGUUCUGAAUGGUGACUGCUGCAGCUGCAAUCUAGUGAGCUGCGACAUGUUUCAAACAAUGGAAUAUGAAACGGGUAUUAAUCUAUAAUUUAAUGUGUGCGAUCAGUAUUGAAGAACUUCAGAUCCAUAUUGCACCAGAGCUUUGAUCGUUCAUUCAUUGGAUUUAUUGAAAUAACGAUUGAAUAUUUAAUUUGUUGUCAUAUUUUGUAGGUACUGAAAUGCAUUUAUUGUAGAGUACAAACUAUUCAUAUCAAGAACAUGUGUUUGUAUUUAAGUUAUUCUUAAUGAAUUAUGCAUCAUAUUGUAAUGAUCAUCUAGAAAUAUCAGAACUGAAACUAUAGUAUAGCGCAAUGCAAUGAAAACUCAAAGAAAGCUAAAAUCAAUACAAGCUUUGUUACAAGCUUCUAAAACAUAUAGUACUAACACUUUAUUAACGUUAUUUAUAAAAAAUGAAAAGUUAAAUUUAAUCGUAAGUAGUAAUAUUGAAAUAUGAAACAUAAAUACGUACAGUAAAUUAGCUGUUAUGAAAAACUUUUAAAUAUUAAAUUCUAAACUAACUGCAGUUAAUAGUUGACUAUAUAAUUUGUUUAAAUAUAAACUUCUAAAUUAACUGUAGUGUGUCUAAAUAUUAAAUUCUAAAUUAAUUGUAAUUCCAUUAAAUAAGCUCCUGAGAAAUAUAUUAUUUCAGGAUAAUUAGUAUACUAAAUUCUCUUAAAAUAUAUAAAUAUAUAAUGAUCUUCUUUAAUAUAAAUAAGCCGUUUGUUUUCAAAAAGAUUAUUCAAAAUGUUUUUCUUAAAAAAUAUAGUGCAUUCAAAAAUUUCUGAAAUCGAACUCGCACAAGUAUUCGGACAUUUCUAACAAACAGUUUCUAUUUAAUAAAAUCAUAAGGAGACAUUUGCUCCAUUUGCACUGACCUGGAUUUAAGUUAUUUCUCAUGUGCGAAUGUUCCGUUUUGUCCCAUUCCUUCGUAAUAAUUGCUUUUAAUAAAAAUUUCUAAUAGUUUUCUUGCUGAUGCUUUCAUAUUUCCACUAAGAGUACUUUUAUAUUUAUAAUUAUUCACAUUAUUUUCUAUAUAAAUUAGAUUUCCAAUCCCAGAAGCAGCGAAGCAUUCCCAAAUUAUUAUGCCUUAACCUUGUUGUGUAAUAGUAGGCAGUAUGUUAUUCGGAUUCAGUUCUUCAUUUUGCUUUCGCCACUGAGCAAUUCGUCCAUCCCACCCAAAUAUAUUAAAUUUUGUCUUGUCUGCAAAUAUAACAAAUCUUUGCAGUCGUAUAGAUUUUUGCGAAUGGAAGGGAAUUUUCCUAGUUUCCUUUUUAACGAAGAAUUUCCUUCUUGCGUAUCAUUUAUUGUAGCUAUUUGCUUUAAUAAUUGUUGUGAUAGUUUCGAUGUAAGGUUUUAUUGAAAACCGUUCUUCUAAAUUAGCUGCAAGUGCCCCAUAAGUAACAGAUCAUAAUUUGACGCGCCUUAACAUCUAACAGACUCGGCAUGAAAAAAAAAAAAACAGAUGACCUAUUUUAUAAUACAAGCAUUAUUUAACAUCACUUUUCCAUUGUGUAAUCAACUUGUUUCUCAUCAGCAUCAGAACAGGCCCUUAGUUGCAAAGACAUAUUUUCACGUGGGUUUGCACACACUCAUGAGGAAUAGCAAGAAAUUCCUCAAUGACAUCCUUCAAGUCUUGUAGUAGGGUGGUUGGUGUUGGGGGAAUACAUUUUAUCCUUUAAAUAUUCCCACAGGAAAUAGUUUGGUGGGGUGAAGUCAGAAGAACAAGCAGGCUAUUCAACUGACUCCGACGUCCAAUCCAACAUCCGGGGAAUGUCCGAUCCAACCAACUCCAUAUGUUAGUGCAUAAUGAGGGCGAGUUUCAUCUUGAACUAUCCAUCCCUCCAUCUACAACAACUGAUCGAAUUGGUCUCUCUGUUAAACAGAGUAUAGGGUAAAAAAUUGUCCCAAUGAGCUCCAGAUUAUUCUCCCUAUUUAUGCUAUCUUCAGUGAAGAAAAUGCCAUUGCCACCUAGGUACAUAACAUCUCCUCAGAACUUUCAUCACCGUCAUCGUACUCGACUACCACAUUUGGAUUCGAUUUACACCAGUAAACACAUUGCGUCUGUUAACACUUAACAGGUGAAACUGGGCUUCAUCAUUCCACACAUAUGCCCUCUUCCAAGUGUGGGUUUUAAUCCAACAUGGUGAGCCACUGUUUAGCAAACUGCAGGCUGUAAUCGAGUUUAUCUUCAUUCAGUCUAUUCAUGAGUCUCGAAUGAUAGGGUUUUAACAUUCGCUGUAAUUCGCUGGCAACUGCCAAUGUUGUGGACUGAUAGCGUAUUCGAAUUGUGGGAUGAACUAGCACCUGCUGCAGCCGCUCCUUACUCUCAGCCGUGUUUAAAGAUCUUGGUCGAAAGGUCAUUGCAAUGUGACACCUCUGCUACAUGCUGAAAGUUAAACCUGUCAGAAAAUGCAUUACUGCUAGAAGUUACGGCGAUUCAAACCAUGGUCUGCUACUUAUGAGUCACUCUGUACUAUUUUUUUUUACAUGUUUCAUUGGAUAUAUCUCCAAUUUCUUCGCCUUAGCUUGGAAUAUAGUUCAGACUUCAGGGCAUUUUGGACAUUUCUAUGAAGUUGCCAUCAUUUUAAUGCAAAAAUAAAUAAAUAAAUAAAAUAAAAUAAAAAAAUAAAAAUAGUUGAAUGCUUUUCAUCGUAGAUUUUGUUGUACUAUUUUGAAUACUUUGACCAUUUUAAAAUGAGAAAUAGUUGAAUUUGGGCUGAACGUGUCGUUAUUUCGCAUCGUCUUGCCAUGUACGCUUUAGAUAUGAAACUGUUAACAUAUUUUGCUGAAAACGUAAUGAUUUCCAAACGCAGACGAUAAUUCUUGUGCAGUAGUUACAUUUGAAACAAAAAAAUAGAACUAAAAAAUUCGCCUGCCAAAAAAUUCUCAACAAAAUUUUCCAGUGUUUGCCUUAUUAUGAUAGACACUGACUAACACGAGGAACAGUUUGAUGAUAUUUAUUUUAUAGUAAGCCAGGGUUAAAAUAAAGAAAAUAUGUAUUAGGUUGAAGUCUAUGAUAGUAGUAAUAUUUAGAAUAAGGUGUGUGCAAAUAAAUUUCAAACAAACAAGCGUACGAAAAUAAAUGUGAGCCAUUGUAUGUGUUUCCGUUCAGAAACUGUUUACUCCCUUAAAAUCCUCAUUUUAACCGCCGUUUAGUCAAUCGGAAUCAAACUCAGAUUUUGUUUUAGCUACUGUUCAAAACGAAACUUUCAGAUUAAUUAAUUUUUUGUACAUUUUUUCUGCUGCUUGAAUUUAAUCUUUAAAUUGUAAAUCUUACAGAUUUUGCAUAUUUAUUAUUUUAAAUAACACCCGAAGGACGUGUAUGUUUUUGUCAAUGACUUAAAAAGCAACUUUCGGACUUUUAUAUGUAUAUGUUGUAUAUUUGCGUUUAUUACAUUGUAAAUAUUUGUAAAGAACCUUGUGGUCUAUGCAUCCUUCAUAAAUUCAUUUAUUUAUUUCAGCUGCCAUUAAACUCAUUUGAUUCUUGUAUUAAAAUUUGUAUUAUAAAUAAUAAAAGAAUUUUUACAGGCUGAA